AUGGCCGCUCCUUCUCCCGCCGUCGCCGCCGUCAGCAGUGCGCCCUCGUCCGGGCUCCUGCCGGCGCGGCGCGCGGCGCCGUGCAGCGCCGUCCAGGUCCAGCUGCCGUCGAUAAGGAGAGCCGCGCCGGGGGGCAGGAUGGCGACGGUGGCGCGCGCGGUGGGCGACGUGGGGGCGGAGGGCAACACGUACCUCAUCGCCGGCGCCGUGGCCGUCGCGCUCGUCGGCACUGCCUUCCCCAUCUUCUUCUCCCGCAAGGACACGUGCCCCGAGUGCGACGGCGCCGGGUUCGUGCGCAAGUCCGGCUCGACGCUGCGGGCGAACGCGGCCAGGAAGGACCAGGCGCAGAUCGUGUGCGCCAACUGCAACGGACUCGGCAAGCUCGGGCAGAUCGACAAGUAG